GGAUUACUACAACAUUUCCGUACUCUGCCAUAUACAAGCUCAAAAUGACCUCAAAUAUUCAAUUAACAAAUCACAACAUUGUCAUAGUCAAUUUUAUCUUCUUUCGACACGCUUUUGUGCAGGGCAAAUUUGAUGCUCAGUACUACAGUGUUUGCAAAUAAUUUAUGAUGUCUCCGGACGUGUUAAAAUAUGAAUGAAUGAAUGAAACUCUUUGAUGAUGAACGCCUGAAAACAUACAAAUGGAAGAAUGGAUGUACAAACGAAAAAAACACUCCCUUCAUUGUAUGGCAUGGAUCAGAUAAAAUUUACAAAAUGCUUACAAAUCUCUGAUGAAUCCAAAACACGUGACAAAAUCUCAAAUCACAAAAUGACGACAAUAAAUGGUCAAUCCGUAACGAAAUUCACUUUGGCUUUGGUCUGUGCCAUUUUGGGUGUUGCCGCUGCUGAUGUAUCUCAUCUGAGUGGCGCCUAUGAUUAUCCCAAGCAGGAUUCCGGCUACAGCUACAGUGGUCCAGCUCAACAAGGUGGAUAUCACUAUGAUGCUCCCGUAGCACCGCAACAAACCUACUUGCCUCCUGCUCAACCCCAGCAAACCUACUUGCCACCUGCCCAACCUCAACAAACCUACUUGCCUCCUGCCCAACCUCAACAGACCUACUUGCCCCCAGCUCAGCCUCAACAAACCUACUUGCCUCCUGCUGAGCCUCAACAAACCUACUUGCCCCCCGCUCAACCUCAACAGACCUACUUGCCUCCUGCUCAACCUCAACAGACCUACUUGCCUCCUGCUCAACCUCAACAGACCUAUUUGCCCCCUGCUCAACCUCAACAAACCUACUUGCCCCCUGCUCAGCCUCAACAAACCUACUUGCCCCCUAGCGGAAGCCUUGGUCAGGAUGGCUAUCACUAUCGCGUUGUCAAACGUUAUCGUUUCAGAUCUCAUUAAAAUUAUGAAUUAAUGGAGUGUUUUUGACAAACUUGAUUGUGAUCUACUAACUUCGAUUGUGAAUUUCGAAAUUGUUUUCUAUUAAAUUGUUGAUUUUGUUUUUUAGUUCCGAUAUUUUUUGUACGAAAUAAA